AUGUAUACUUUUAGAGCACUUUCCUUCUUGAGCGCGAUGCUCCUGGUCGGGCUUGGUGGCGCGUCCACGACCACGGUUGGCCUUGAGACAGAAGAAGGAAGUCGGUCGGUGCAGGUACCACUGGACGAGUGCCACCAGAUGGGGGAGUUUGACGUCUACGGGGUAUUCAUCUCCAAAACAUGCCGUCUUUUCACUGGAGUCGGCUGCACCGGACGCACCACGUUGCUGCAGCCUGGCCAGCACUCAUCCUCGGAGGCAGUCAACAUUGACAGCCUAUUUUGCUAUCCAUGA